AUGCAUAUAGUAUCUAGCAGCCUUCUGCUGGACAUUUCUAGCUUCGGACUUGUCCGAUGGCAGGUUUCCAUUCAUCAAGUAGUCGAUGAUGAGGUCUUGCCAGCUGGGGUCCUCGUCAAUCUGCAUUGUGUCGAUUGGUUCUAUUUCUUUAAUGCUUGGUUAGUCAAGGUGUUCAACCGGGAUGGAGCGUCUGAACUAGGUAUCUAG